AUGCCCUACGCGAACGAGUCGCCGGCCGCGCUGCGCCAGAAGCACCCGAGCCGCGUGCCCGUGGUCUGCAGGAGCGCGGGCGGCGGCCAGACGCUGCGCCUGCUGGUCCCGAAGGGGAUGGACGGUGAGGGCUUCAAGGACGCCGUCUCGAAGCACCGCAGCUUCCCGGCCGGCCUCCUCGUCGUCGGUGGACAGCCUCUGCGAAAGUCCGACGACUUCGGCACGCUGGACUCCAGGUACGGCCACCCGCAGGGAUGCCUGGAGGUGCUGUGCCACUCGAGGCCGGCCGCCUCCGAGGCGGCCGACUCGAGCAGCGUCCGGGCGGCCGCGGGCUCCGAGGCCGGCAGCAGCGAGGAGGGGCGCCCUGCCACGGCCGCGUCCUCGGAGGCGCCCGCCGCCGCGGCGCAGCCCCGGCCGCCGCCGAGGGCCAGGCGCCGCGCCUCCACGCCCGAGGCGGCGCGGAAGCUGCUGCGCAGGCACCCUUCGCGCGUGCCCGUCAUCUGCUCGCGGGCCCCGGCGGCGGACGGCGGCGCUGCCGCGGAGUUGCCCCGCGGUGCGCGGAAGAUGCUGGCGCCCCGCGGCAUGCUGUGCGGGGAGCUCCGGGACGUGAUCUGCAGGCAGCUGGCCGCCCACGAGGGCGGCGUCGGCGGCACGGGCCAAGCGGACCUCGUCGCUGGGGGCACCCGGCUGGAGCCAGGCACUAAGGUCGCCGACGCCUUCGAUCGGCACAGGGCCGAGGACGGCCUCCUCUACGUCUCGCUGGCGCCGCCGGCCGCCCCGCCCCCGCGGGGCCCGAGCGCCGCCGUGCUCGUUGUGCUCCCGCAGGGCGAGGUGGCCCGGGCCGGCGGUGCCGCGGGGGCCCGCGGGGAGGCGGAGGCGGAGGCGGCGCCGGUCGCCGAGGAGGCCUGCAAGGAGGCGGCCCCCGUCCAGGAUGCGGCGGAGGAGGAGCAGGCGCCGCAGGAGGCCGAGCAGCCGGCGCGGGGGCCAGGGGCGCAGCCGGAGCAGUUCUUCAUCGAGGACGGCAACGCGAUGCCUUCCGCCGAGGAGGAGGGCGCGCCGAGCGUGUCCGACGAGGAGCCCGCCAGCGCGGAGGAGGCUGCGGCGGAGCCAGAGGGCCCGCGAGGCGGAGCGGCGGGCGCGCGAGGCGGAGGAGAGGGCGCGGUCAGCGGAGGAGGAGAGGCCGCGCGGGAGCGCGGGCGGCGCGCGGAGGCCGAGGAGAGCGGUGCGCGGAGGAGGCCGCGCGGGGCCUGCGGGAGCGCGGCGAGGCGGAGCAGAAGCUCCUGGCGGCCUCGGUCCUGCACAAGGGCCUAG